AUGCCUUGUCGCGCGGAGAUUCUGGCCCUUUCGGCCCUGUUGAUGCACGCCCUUCCUGCCAUGGCUCAUCCAGCUGCAGGAGGGAUUCCUGGGUUGACCGAAGGAACCAAUGGCGUUGCAAACGUUGGCAACUUCCACGAGGACCAUGACUUCGACUAUGGUCUGGCUUAUGAGUUCACGCACAGUCCUCAACAGGGUGCUGAAGAGGGGCCUGAUGGCCACUGCGGCGGUGGACACGGAGGAUAUGGAGGCUGGAGAUGGUGGCCAAGGAGGGGGGGUGGUGAUGGCGGCGGUUAUCUUCCCACCGUGACCGUUAGCGAUUGCACGAGCACAGUCCCUGCUACAACAAUCACUAUUACUAUUGAUAACGGCAGCGGCACCGCCACUGUCACUGAGACAGAUACUUUGAUUUCCAGUAUCACCGAGUGUACUGCGACUACGACGGACGUAACUACCGUCACCGUUGAUGGACCAACCACGACCCAAACUAUUACCACAGCGGGACCCACGACUACUUCCACCGUUACGACGGGAGAAGCAACAGUGAUAGAGCCUGGAUCCACUGAAACGGAAACUGUCACCGAGACAUCGACCUCCAUCGACACUACCACGAUCACGAACAUGCAGGUCAUCACUUCGACCGAGACCGUCACGAGAACGGACACUCUCGAAGUUACGACCACUGUGACUUCUGAUGACUGCUCAAACACUGGCGGAGGUGGCGGUAACAUCGACUAUGGCACAUGCUCGGACCCGUACAUUCUAUACGAGUACGGUCUUGAUGGUCGCACUGAAUACGCCUAUACCACUCGCAACCAGGCCGAUUUCCCAUUCGGUUCCUCACCGACCAUCGGCAGUGUGGCUAAUCUGAUCUGCAACCGCCUACGCAGCCCAUGCAAUGCGCCCCAGUCAACCAUUGAUCUGUGCUACGAGGCAGAGGAUGCCGUGGCUAACCUGUCUGGCCAAAAUGCUGCUGAUGUGGGGAACGCUAUGAUGACCUAA